AUGGUCUCUCCUGAGGUAUCGCCAACGCAAAAGACCUAUGCUGGUCUUCACGGCCGAAAGUUGGGUCUUUUAGUCUCAACGAUUGCCACAACUGGAUUCUUGUUGUUUGGAUAUGAUCAAGGUGUUAUGUCAGGAAUUAUCGCCGCAGACCCUUUCAACAACUACUUCCCUGAGACCAAAGAUGACAGUGUUUACCAAGGUUUCGUUACAGCUAUCUACGAAAUUGGAUGUUUACUGGGUGCUAUUUUCAUUUUGUGGUAUGGUGACUCCACUGGUAGAAGAAGAGCCAUGAUGCUUGGUGGAGUUAUCAUGAUUCUUGGAGUUAUUAUUCAAAUUACUGCCAUCAAAGGCUCUAACGCAACUGCUCAAUUUAUUAUUGGAAGAACUAUCACUGGUAUUGGAAACGGAAUCAACACAUCCACUAUUCCCACUUAUCAAGCAGAAUGUAGUCGAUCUACCAACCGUGGUUUGCUCAUCUGUAUUGAAGGAGGAGUUAUCGCUUUCGGAACUAUGAUCGCUUACUGGAUCGAUUAUGGUGCUUCUUAUGGACCAGAUGACCUUACCUGGAGAUUCCCAAUUGCUUUCCAGAUUUUCUUUGGUGUCAUCCUCAUUGUCGGAACUUACUUCCUCCCAGAGUCUCCUAGAUGGCUCUUAGCUAAAGAGCGCCACGAAGAGGGACUCGAUGUUAUUGCCGCUCUCUCUGGUCUUGAACACAACGAUCCCCAAGUUCAAUUGGAGAAGACUAUUAUCAUGGACAGUAUCAUGGCAUCCGGAGCCGCUACUAAAACCCCUUUCUCAGCUCUUUUCACUGGAGGCAAAACCCAACAUUUCCGCCGUAUGCUUCUUGGAUCAUCUUCCCAAUUCUUCCAACAACUCGGUGGAUGUAACGCAGUUAUCUACUAUUUCCCAAUUCUCUUCGAAACCUCUAUCGGUACCUCGAAGAACUUGGCUCUUCUCCUUGGAGGUGUCAACAUGAUUGUUUACUCUAUUUUCGCAACUGUGUCUUGGUUCAUUAUUGAGAAAGCUGGUCGUCGCAAGUUGUUCAUCAUUGGUACUAUUGGACAAUGUCUUUCUAUGGUCCUCGUCUUCGCUUGUCUUAUCCCACAAGAUGGAAAAGGACCAAGUGCCAAGGGCGCUGGAGUUGGUCUCUUCACCUAUAUUGCUUUCUUCGGAGCCACUUGGUUGCCACUACCAUGGUUGUACCCAGCUGAAAUUAACCCUCUCCGCACCCGUGCUAGAGCCAACGCCGUCUCAACUUGUUCCAACUGGCUUUUCAACUUCACCAUUGUUAUGGUUACACCUAUCAUGAUUGCCAAUAUCUCUUGGGGUACAUACCUCUUCUUCGCCGUUGUCAACGCUUGUUUCAUCCCAAUUAUCUAUUUCUUCUACCCAGAAACCAAGCGCAGAUCUCUCGAGGAAAUCGAUAUCAUUUUUGCGAAGGGAUUUGUCGAAAACAUCUCAUACGUCAAGGCUUCUCAAGAUUUGCCAUACUUAUCUCCAGCUGAGGUCGAGCAGAUGGCAAGACACUAUGGCUUUGAAACCGCAGAUGUCGAGAGCAGAAGUACGAGUGAUGCGGAGAAAGAGAAGCCACAAUGGGAGGGAAGAGAAAGACAGAGCCGCAGCGAUGGAGAUAAUGUUGCAGCCGUCCCUCAAGCCCAUCACCGUGGCAAUGCCGCUCAUGAUGGAUUCAGAAACGAUUAA